GAAGCUGAAUCGAGCACAGAGGAGAGCCGCGUUUCGAUUGAGUAUGGCGCUCUCCAGAGGUUUGAGAUGCUGUCAAAGGGUUUUCUCGUGGAUACCUGUGCUUAUUAUAGCCUCCGUGAUGCUGUGGUCGUAUUACGCUUACGUCUUUCAGCUAUGUCUCUUCACCCUGUCAAACACAUUGGAAAAGGUGGCUUAUUUACUUGUAUUCCAUGUUUCCUUUGGGAUGUUUUCCUGGACCUACUGGAAGUCCAUCUUCACCCCUGCUGCAUCCCCAUGCAAGAAGUUUCAGCUCUCUUACUCAGACAAGCAAAGGUACGAGAUGGAGGAGAGGCCGGAUGCACAGAAACAAAUCCUGGUUGAGAUUGCCAGGAAGCUACCCAUCUACACUCGAGCUCAGUCUGGAGGUAUCAGGUUCUGCGACCGCUGCCAGGUGCUGAAGCCUGACCGCUGUCACCACUGCUCGGUCUGUGAAAUGUGUGUUUUGAAAAUGGACCACCACUGUCCUUGGGUGAACAACUGUGUUGGCUUUUCAAACUACAAGUUUUUCCUGCUUUUCCUCUACUAUUCAAUGCUGUACUGCAUAUACAUCGCAGCCACAGUCUUUCAGUAUUUCAUUAAAUUCUGGGUGGGGGAUUUGCCAAAUGGGCCGGCAAAGUUCCAUGUCCUUUUUCUCAUGUUUGUGGCACUCAUGUUUUUUGUCAGUCUCAUGUUCCUCUUCAGUUACCACUGUUGGUUGGUGGCGAAAAACAGAUCCACUUUAGAGGCCUUUUCAGCUCCAGUUUUUGUCAACGGGCCAGACAAACAUGGUUUCAAUGUUGGAAUACGCAAAAAUCUGCAGCAAGUAUUCGGAAAAGACAGAAGACUCUGGUUCAUCCCUGUUUUCACAAGUCAAGGUAAUGGACACUACUUUCCUGUAAAGAAUCGAAGUGAGUGUCAGAACCCCUUACUGGCAAACAAGGAGAUGUGGGAGGAGUCAGAUGACGCGUCUGAAGAAGGAAGUUGGGUUGAGGAUCAAGACCCUUCUGUUACCAUAGAGAUGGAGGACUAGACAAUGGACACUGGUGCAGAGCUUAAAGAGGAGGAGGAGGAGGAGGAGGGAACGUGCACUCUCAAUGUGGAUGUUCGUCAACAACUCUGACAUGGACCAUACUGCAUUUGGAUGUUUUUUUCCUCUUUAAAAGACAACGUGAAGAAGCGGAUGGACAUUCGGGUGCAUCCUGUUGCCGCACAACUAUUAACUAAAAUUCCCUGUGAUCAUUUGAAGGUGUGGCGUUAGCAAAAGCGUUGCUCCAGUCUGUUCCGUUUGCACCAUUCAAUGUUACCCCAUGCUCACUUAUGCUUCUGGAGGUGGAUUCCCUCUGUAGAAGUUCAGUUUUGUAGCACAUUUAACACACACCGCAUUUAACCUCCAUCUUACGCAUACUGUAUUUAUGUUGUGGGAAUCCAUUUUACAAAUGAAUGUAUCCAGCGGCCCUCUACUAACUACAAGAUGGCAUACAAUAAUUCAGGAACAAAUCUCCAUGACAUGAUUUGCUAGUUUUUAAUCAUGACCUUGCAUGUUGGUUAAGGUUGGUCAGAAAAUAGAGAAACCGGACUAAAAAUUAUCCCCCAAGUGUCAUAAAUACAUAUAAUAAUCAUAUUACUGUAUUUUGUCGCAUAAAAAAUCCUAUCCUCACGCUAGUGGCGUCUGUAUGAGCAGAUACCUGGCUCUGAUGUGAGUUCAUUAACAAAGGCACACCUCAGGGCGGUACAGUUGUUUGGCACGUCUGCCUCACAGUUCGCAGGUUCUAUUAGCGUUGGCAUUCAUGGAGUUUGUUUUCCACGUGCAUACAUGGGUUGUCUUCAGGUACUCAAGACUACUAACCACAUUCUAAAAGCAUAGAUGUUAGCUUCGUGCGUUGAAUGUGAAUGGUUGUCAAACAGUCCCGGGUGUACAUCUCGUCUCGCCUUUCGUCCAAAGUCAGCUGGUCACCCUUGCAGCAAGUGCAAAUUUGAGUAGCUGUAUCUUGGGUAGUGUGCUCCAGUGUUUCGGCUUCAGUGAUGAUCAGUGACUCAAGUAAGCUGCACUAAUUUGAAAAGAAUAAAUGUGCAGCUAAAAAGUGCUUAUAGUGAGGCAGUUCCACAUUCUAUUCCCAUUGUUACAAUGAAGGAACAAUUCCUCAACCCCGAUCAGACAGUCAUCAUCUGGUCUAGUGCCACCCUCCCACAAGCAUUUGUACAAAUAGCUUCCUCUCAAAGUAGUCACCUUGCACGCUGUUUUGUUGUGUGCUUGUUUGGAAAGAAAAAGAAAAGCAUGACAGGCACAAAAAAGGUCAGAAUUGAAGUUGCAUUCCAGCAAUGAAGAGAUGUGUCUUGUCCAUGAGAUUUAAAAUCCUUAAUUGGCAAAAGUGUUUUAUUAUAAGAGGGCACAAAGGUUCUUAAGUAGGUGAUCCAAAAGUGGAUGGAGAGCAGGUCUCCCAAUAUGUGAUUUGUAUUGUUUUGUAUCCAUGUUCCUGAGGAUUUUUACAUAUAUUAUGUGAAUGUUUUGAGACAAAACACAACUUCUGAUGACAGUUUAUUGACAAUGACCCAAAGCCUAAAUGCAACUAGAUGUGUUUUUACUUCAUUUUCACUUCACCAUCACAUGACUUCAUUACAGGAUAAUUCUACUUGUUGUACCAAUCAAGUAACACUCAUAUCUGACAAUACUCCCCUGUCAUUGAUAAUUUUCCAUCUAUGUUGUUUAUG